AUGUGCUACAUACGGAUAACUGGAUGCAUAUUUGAUCUAAUAAUUAUAAAUUUUCACGCACCAACUGAAGACAAGAGAGAUGAUAUCAAAGAAGAUUUUUAUGAAGAACUUGACAGGAUAUGUGAUAUAACAUCUAAUUAUUCUGUUAAAAUAGUUCUUGGGGACUUCAAUGCGAAAGUAGGUAAGGAGGAGGUAUAUAGACCAACGAUUGGCAGAGAUAGUCUCCAUGACACAAGCAACGACAAUGGUACCCGUCUAAUUAAUUUCUGCAUGACAAAUGGAAUGGUCUUAAGUAGUACAUAUUUCCCUAGAAAGGAUAUCCAUAAACAGACAUGGGUAGCCCCAAACCAAGUGGUAAAAAAUCAAAUAGAUCAUAUAAUGAUUCAAAAUAGACACAAAGGAUGUAUACAAAACAUAACCUUUAGGGGUGCAGAUUCUGACCAUUAUUUAGUCAUUGCAAAAUUUAUGACUAGACUAUCAGUGCAUUGGAGAGAAAAUAAAGGAAAACUAUCAGAAAAAUUUUGUACUGAAAAGUUUGCAGAAGAAUGUGUCUCGAAUGAAUUUGCUCAUACAAUGCACCAUGAAACGCUAAGGCUGAAUAAUGAAAAUAAUGAUGAGAAUGUAGAACAUAUAUGGAAAAAAAUAAAGACGACAGUGAUAAAUAGUGCAAAAAGCUGCCUAGGAGUAGGAAAAAAAUAGUAAAAAGAAAAACUGGUUUAAUGAAAAAUGUAAAGAAACCGUAGACAGAAGAAAUAAACUAAGAGAAAAAGUGUUAAGAAAUCCGACAGAUGAAAAUUUAGAACGAUACAAAGCGAGCAAAAUAGAAACUAAUAAAAUACUCAGAAAGAAAAGAGAAAAAUUGAAGAAAUUGAAAAGAACAGAUUCAACUCCAAAAAAUUCUUUAGCAAUAGUAAAGAUGUCAAACAGGGAUAUAAACAACAAACUAGGAUGGUAAGAAAUCAGACAGGAGACUUAUUAACAAAUGAAAAGGAUAUAGCAGAAGAGUUUAAAAACUACUAUAAAAUGUUGCUUAAUAAAACAGCUUCUAGACCAUCUGAUGCGACCUACAUACAAUAUAGUACGGCAGAGCCAAGUAUUAGUAAUCAUCUAAAGUAUUAGAAAGUAAUGUAGUAGCAGAAUUAGUAAAAAAUAGUGGAGAAACUCUGAAAAACGAAAUAUGGAAAAUUAUCAAUCUUAUUUGGGAAAAAGAAAUAAUUCCUGAAGAGUGGAAUUUGUCGAUAUUAUGCCCAGUUUUUAAAAAAGGAGANAUUGAAGUUGAGGUCAUUUGUAUUUUCAUUUUGUCGUUGGUCAUUAGUUUCCUGUAGGUAAACAUCCAAAACCUCAAAUUAUAAUUAAUUUAAAUACUUUAAAAAAUAAAUUUAAUUUAAAGAUAAAAAUUAGGAAGGACCGAAAAUAAUUAUUUAAACAAAACCGCAGUCGACUGUUAUAGAUUAUGGGUAGCAACUUCUACAAUAGAGAAGUUAAAAAUGUUUGAUGUAAAUUAUAAUAAAGUAUUAUUGUUAUAUACGACAAGGAGAUACCUUAUCCUCAACCCUAUUCAAUUUAGGUCUCGAAAAGGUGAUUCGAGAAAUAAAUCAUAGUCAUCAAGUUGAGGUGGUAAAUAAAGAAAUAAUAUUGGCGUAUGCAGAUGAUAUUGUCAUUUUAGGAAACUCAAGACAAGAUAUCACCCAGACAAUGUCUAACCUUGUGACGGCCAGUAAAAGAAUGGGACUUCGUAUUAAUGAAGAAAAACAAAAUUUAUAG